AUGGCGAGUGAGCAGCGCGGUGCAAUAAUCCUGAAUGAAUUGGCAGCGAAGGGCAGCCCCCAAAACGACGCUCCAUAUCCAGCUACAGCCGUCGCGGCAAACCUAGCACAGCCCACGGAAUGCAGCAAAGGGGAGACGUUGCACAGCAUACCCAUGGUAUUGAACGGAAGCCAGGACAAUGAAUCGAGAUAUUCGGUAUUCACAGAAUCACAGAAACGAGCGAUUAUCCUUUCGGGGUCCUUUUGCGGGCUGCUUUCGUACAUGAGUAGCAGUAUCUUCUAUCCAGCAGUGGAUCAGAUUAGUCGCGACCUUGGUGUUUCAAGUUCAAAAAUCAAUCUCACCAUUACGGUGUUUCUAAUCACCCAAGGCAUUGCGCCAACUAUGAUUGCCGAGUUCUCCGAGAAGGCUGGCAGGCGGCCAGCGUAUAUCUUGUGCUUUGUUAUCUCCAUCAUUGCAAACCUCGGCCUAGGGCUACAAAAUAACUAUUUCGCCCUGUUGUUUCUACGGAUACUACAGUCCGCGGGAAGUUGUGGUACUCUAAGCCAGGGGCUUGUUGGCGACUGCAUCGUCUCCGCAGAGAGAGGGAAAUACAUUGCGUACGCCUCCGUAUCUAUGAUCCUUGGUCCAUCGUUGAGUCCAAUUCUAGGUGGUGUCAUUAGUCAAAAGGCAGGAUGGCGCUGGAUAUUCUGGUUUCUCUUAAUAUUUUCCGUAGCUGUCUUUAUACCCAUUGCACUUUUCCUUCCUGAGACAUGCCGCAAAGUCGUGGAUAAUGGUUCUAUUCCCCCGCCAUGGGUUUGCAGUAAUAUUAGCGACUGGAGAAGAUUUCGAAACAGGGCGUCAAGAGGUAUACCGGUUGAUCGGGAGAAGCAGAUUGAAUUACAUCGAAAUUACCGCCUCAAGAUCCCCAAUCCUAUAUCAACGCUUACCGUUCUCUCAGACUUUGAAUCGGCACUUUUACUGGUCACACUCAGCUUCGCCAUGGCUUGCUACUAUGCUAUCUUAACCAAUAUUUCGAAAACGUUAUAUAACCUGUAUAACUUUUCUAAUGUACAAAUCUCUCUGGCUGCGCUGUCAAUAGGCGGUGGAAGCAUCCUUUCUAGCUUCACCAUCGGGAUAUUUUUGGAUUGGAACUACCGCCGCCAUGCUAAAAGGCUCAACCUUCCGCUUUCCAGGGACUAUCAAAUGGAUCUCUCCAACUUUCCAAUUGAACUUUCGCGUCUGCAGGUUGGCUUGCCUGCUAUGCUUUUAGGCGCUUUAGGAGCUAUUGGAUAUGGUUGGACGCUAAGCAGCGAUAUCUCAGUCGCAGUCCCUAUCGUCUUCUUAUUCAUCGUGGGUUACGGCAUUACUGCAACCACUCAGGUUCUCAAUGUCUUAAUGUCCGAUAUUCACCCAGGGCAAUUUGCAGUUGCGGCGGCUGCAAGAAAUAUCUGCCAGUGUCUCGUAGGUGCUGCUACAAGCGCCAUCAUCGAGCCAAUGUCGACAGCUAUGGGAAACGGCUGGGCUUACACCACGCUAGCUAUGCUUUUUAUAUUCAGCCUAACUGGCCCGUGGGCCACCAUGAGACAUGGUAUGGAAUGGCGUAAAAUAAAAAGCGAAAAAGGUCAAUAG